AGAGUUUGCAAUGUCGUCAGAACCACCCAAGCGCUCCCUAGAUCUAUUCAGAUGUCAAACCUCUAUACUGAGCUCCAGACAGGGUUGCUUACAUGAGGUCGUGUAUCCGGCCAACGAGCCCUUGAAGCCCCUAACUCCAAUUGUGAAAAUGGCGAAAACUUACCCUUUUACGCUGGAUCAUUUUCAACGUCAAGCCAUUUUGUGUAUAGAUAACGGGCAAUCUGUUAUUGUUUCUGCACACACAUCUGCUGGCAAAACGGCUGUCGCCGAGUACGCAGUUGCUCGGAGUUUGAGGGAGCGCCAACGGGUCAUCUACACAACGCCUAUUAAGGCUCUGAGUAAUCAGAAAUUUCGAGAGUUUAACGCGGAAUUCAAGGAUGUCGGACUGAUGACCGGAGACAACACAACCAAACCGGAAUCAGCCGUGUUAAUUAUGACAACCGAGGUUUUGCGCUCAAUGCUUUAUCGGGGAUUGGAUUUUACUCGAGAAGUCGGCUGGGUAGUAUUUGAUGAAAUCCACUAUCUCCGUGAUAAAGAACGUGGCGUGGUAUGGGAGGAGACCAUUAUACUUCUCCCGCACACUGUUGGUUUGGUUUUUCUCAGUGCCACGAUCCCGAAUGCACGGCAAUUCGCUGAAUGGAUUGUCUACUUACGUAAUCGUCCCUGUCACGUAGUCUACACGGACUGUCGACCAGUACCGCUUCAACAGUAUGUAUUUCCGUGCGGCGGAGAUAAGAUCCACUUCGUAGUCAACCAGCAACGAGAAUUCCUUGAGUCAAACUUUCACGCCGCGUUGGCGGUUCUUCAGAAGGCUGCGGGUGAGACGCGAAGAGUUUCAAGUAUUCUCGGACGGAAAAUAGGAACAAUGCGUACACAAUCCGACUGUGCCAAAUUGGUCAACCUCGUGAUGGAACGGAACCUGGGACCGGUCAUUGUUUUCUUGUUCAGCAUAAAGGACUGCGAAUUCCUUGGUACGCAAUUGAAUAAGAUGAAUUACAACACUGAUACCGAAAAAGCCGAAGUUGACCAGAUUUUCAAUGAUGCUAUUGAUGUUCUGUCUGCGGAAGACAAACGUCUACCUCAGGUGCAAACGCUGCUGUCCGUACUGCGUCGUGGUAUUGGAAUACAUCACGGGGAUUUGAUCCCAAUUCUUAAAGAGAUAGUGGAAAUUUUAUUUACCAAAGGUCUGAUUAAGGUCCUAUAUGCCACUGAAACAUUUGCCAUGGGUUUGAACAUGCCUGCUCGGACAGUGCUAUUUGGCGGCACUCAGAAAUUCGAUAUACGCAAAUACCGCCUUGUCACGUCGGCGGAAUACAUUCAGAUGUCUGGACGUGCCGGUCGUCGUGGUAAGGACGAUCUGGGCACAGUAAUUCUUAUGUUGAACAACGAAAUCUCCGCAGCCGAGGCCAGACUACUUCUUCUAGGUGAACCGGAUCGUUUGGACUCUGCCUUCUACCUGACCAACAGUAUGAUUCUCAGUUUGCAGAAUGUGAAAGGCAUCACUCCCGAAUUGAUGCUAGAAAAGAGCUUCUAUCACUUCCAAAACAGGUCCACAGAACAAUAUGUGAGAGAAUUGGAGUUCAAACUGCAGACUCUAAGAUUUCCCACAGAUGUGGAUAUGAAACAACUUGAAUCCUAUGUCAAAUUGAAAGAUGCUCUGGCUUCAGCCAACCGCGAUGGACGAGCGUUGACAACCGAAUCGGAAUCUGUGAUUCCGUUUUCGCAGCCUGAUCGGGUUGUGCAGUGUCCUACUUUCAAUUGGUCCGUUAAUCUCUCUACAGAUGUGAGAGAAUUGGAGUUCAAACUGCAGACUCUAAGAUUUCCCACAGAUGUGGAUAUGAAACAACUUGAAUCCUAUGUCAAAUUGAAAGAAGCUCUGGCUUCAGCCAACCGCGGUGGACGAGCGUUGACAACCGAAUCGGAAUCUGUGAUUCCGUUUUCGCAGCCUAAUCGGGUUGUGCAGGCGGUGCAUGCAUUGGAAUCGCAAGUUUCGCUCAAUCCACUCGCCUGCAGACCAGACAUUGACCAGCUAGUUGAUAUUUCCACUCAGCGGCCACUGAUCGAAGGUGAGUUGAGGAGAACCAAGGAUGUCUUGGAUAAAAAGAACGCCAUCUUCCAUGAGCUUAAGGAGCGUAAACGUUUCCUCCGACAACUGGGCUUCUGUUCUGAAACGGACGAACUCACUUUCAAGGGACGUGUCGCUUGCGAAAUCUCUUCAGGAGACGAGUUGAUACUAACCGAGCUAUUGCUCGAUAACUUUUUCUCCCCAUUGACUCCGGUACAGCUGGCUGGUGUGAUGUCUUGUUUCGUGGCGAAGAAACCCGUUGGAAAACACCAACACACACAAUUACGCCCCGACAUGGCGCAGGCUCUGGAAACCAUAAAAGCAAAAGCACGUUCCCUUGCUCGGGUUGCAAUCGAGUGUGGAAUCUGCUAUUCUCGUGGAUCGUCAGACCCUAUUAACGAGAAGUCCGAUGACAUAGCCAAUUUGGCCGCACAGCUCAACAAUUGGAUGCGUUUAGUAGCCGAUGAGCAGGCUUGUGUUGACCAAUUUUCUGGCCACCUCAUGGAAGUCGUACGUGCCUGGGCCGAGGGAGUGUGUUUUGCCCGACUACGUGAAUUUGCACCACUAUCCGAUGGCAUUAUUAUUCGGUGUCUGAGAAAACUGAGCGGACUUCUCCGACAGAUGCACAAUGCGGCAAAAGUUGCCGGACGUACAGAAUUAGGAAACAAGUUUUUGGAGGGCCCAGCACUUAGGGCUGAUGAUUCCGUUCGUCUUGCAUCGGUUUUGCGUACAUCUGCUCGUCACAUGGCACCGACGUCUUCAGGUACCUUCAUAUCAAUCCUCAAGCCUCGACACCAUGUCUAUCUGGCCGCGUUCAAUGUCCGCACUCUGAAGCAAGCAGGACAACAAGCUGCUCUUGCACUCACACUGGACUCGCUUGGCAUUGAUGUUUGCUGUGUUUCAGAAACGAGAAUUCAAGAUGCAAGCACAGUGAUUCAGUUAACCGCCCGUCAGUCUCCACUCGCUUCCAGCUGCGCACCUCUGGUGAUCCAGAGGCUGCUGCGGCGGGAUGGGCCGGG